AUGCCAGCUGCUGCCACGAGGGCUCACCAACGAGGUCAGGCCCACUCGCGUCGGGGGGAGCACUCUAAUACCGAGGCUGAUGUGCAGCCGGUGCCUUUCUCUCGACAGGGGUUGAGGUUGGGGGAGGCAAUCGUGGAAGAGGAUCGAGCUGGGGAGAUGGACAUGGACGGACAGGAUAUGGAGCCAGUUUUGGAAAUGAAUACCAGGAUGGAGCCCCGACAUCGUCGUCUCCUUCUCGAUGACUCGGAUGAUGAAAUCAUCACUCCAAUGGUUCCUACUCCGGGCGAGAAGGUGGAAAUUGCAGAGAAGAAGAAGGGUCGGCGGUUGGUUAAGGUGGGAGCAAGUCUUGCUGUGGAUACCUCAGCUCCACCAAUCGCGCCAUCGCCCUCUGCUAAGGCGAAAAGGACAUCUCAAAAUCCGAUGAAGACAACGGCUACAAGGACGAAGGCUUCCCAAAAAAUUAAGGGGAAGGCUGGCCAAGAUACUGUUGGGGGGUCUGAGGUCAAGGGAGGGACAAGGCCCUCGAAGCCAAGAGGGAAAGCUUCCUCUGUGAGCAAGGCUGUCCAGGAAAAUACUUCCCAGGAAGGACAGCGGGCAUUGAAAGCAAAAGGGAAGGCGAGCUUGGAGAAAAUUGUUGCUGAUCGGGUGGAAUCGGAGACCUCUCAAUCUGAGGGGGAGGGUCAACAGUUCGAAAUAAAGAAGCGCCCGACCCUGGAGGCUCCGGUCCAGCAGGUUCAAACGGGGCAAGUGCGUCAAGUAGUGGCUGCUUUUGAGGCCAAUAUGGCUCUUAAUGAAGAUAAAGAGCCUUUGGUUACUGGUGAUGGGGAAAUGAUAAUGAAAUUGAAUGAAUAUGGGUCCAAUUUGGAGGAUGGGACCAGGAAACGUGCUCUGGAAGAGGUGUAA